AAAAGACCCGUGACGUGAGUGACGGUUUUACUAUCACUUAACAUUAAUAUUGCUAUAUAAUAAGCUCAUUAGGUUUAUGAGAUUCACAACAGACUCAAGAGAGAUAUAGAGUAAUCAAAAAAAAAAGAGAGAGAGAAUGGGUAAGAACAACAUAAGAAUCCUCAUGCAAUUCACAGCUCUUGCGAUGGUUUUAACCGCCGCGAUGAUGGUUGAAAAAGCUAAGAGCAUUCCUGUAUGUAACAUCGACACAAACGACCUGGAGAAAUGCCGUGGAGCUGUCACCGGAAACAGCCCGCCACCUCCAGGACCAGACUGCUGCGCGGUGGUCAAAGCCGCUAAUCUAGAAUGUCUCUGCCCGUACCUCUCCAUUUCCAGGAUCGACCCAUCUAAAAUCAAGGCCGUUCUGGCCAGUUGUGGCGCUAAGAAUCCCUCUUGUUUGCCAAGAUCGUAGAACUGAAGCUGGUCACAGUCCGGCCUGUCGCAGACUUUUGCCUCGACCAUGGAAACUCUCUUAAGUUAUGAUAUGUCUUUUGGUGUUCUGAUUCGAAUAAAUCACCAACUUUGGAAUUAUUUUUCUGUCACUAUAUAUAAAGAACCAUGUUCUUCUAUACAUUAGUUAAUGAAAACAAUAAAUUGCUGGUUUAAUUGGCUAAAUAUACUGUGUUCUUCUUUCUUGAAUAUAUCCAAAAACUUACUCGUUCAUGCCUCUUCCAUGGAAAGAACCCAAUUCAUAAAACUGCAAACAAAAGCAAUAUAGAAAUUACAUGGUUAUAGGGUUUUUAAGGUAACUGCUUCGUAUCAUUAAGCUGUUUGAACAUAUAGAAG